CGGCUCCGUAGUCCCUCUACUGUACAAGCGGUCAGGAGGGCCCGGACGACCAGCCCCUGGCCUUGACCAGUGCUCAGCGAUCACAGCUCGGAGGUCUAUAUAAUGUCGCCUCUGCUCGCCCUUGUGCCAGACAUUUUCCUCAUCCACUCACCUCACACUUCACUCCACUCCACUACACCCACACCCACCCCAACUUCCCACAUACUUCGCACUUUCACAAUGCUCGCCAACAUCGGUACCCUUGUUCUUGCCUUCAGCGCUGCUGCUGCUACUGUUGGUGCUGCCAGCAUCGAAGAGAGGGCCAACAACCGACCCCACAACGCUAACGAGUACUUCAACAACAGCCAUAUCAAGCUUGCUGAGUACAUCUACUUCGGUCCACACGGAAAGUUCGCCGGUCCCACCCCCGAAAGCUUUGUGAGUACUCUACCAUCGUCCACUUCACGAGCCUCGAGUAUUGACCUCUCAGAGUCAUCAUUGCUCCUUCAUUUCUCCAGUGCCCUUACUGGCAUGAGCAGGCUAAGACCUUCGAGCAUGACGGAUCCAGGAUCUCGGCCCAUUUCUUUCGUCUCACCUGAGCUCAUCAGUGUCUAUGCAACGGAAUACAAAGGCGAUGGCCACCCUCUGUCUCAGACUGGCCCCGUUGGCUACUCUAUGAAGGACAUCGACUUUGUCACCGUCAAGACCGGUCCUUCCUACAAGGCCGGUGGCACAUGCGAGACGAUCAUUGACGCCAAGGGCUGGUGCCGCAACAAGUUUGUUCCCAACUACGGCGUUGACCUCAGCACCGUCGAUGCUGACGGCAACGACGUUGACACCACCGACAGCGCUGACAGCGACGAGUAAACUCAUCGCCUUGCUGCAUGUGUGGUAACCCCUCGCCUACAUCGCCCCGCCAGCUCAGCUAGCAACAUCCAUGUCACCGAAACACCACUUCUCCACGUCACCCUCGUUCCGUCCGUGCUCUGUUAAUACUACCCAU